AUGCAGUCUAUGCCACUGCUGCUUCGGCAGUCGCUCAGGUCCUCAGCCAAUCUCACAAGAACCUCACGACAAGUACGACCGCGGUUUCUCCCCGCCGCUGGCCCGAACAUCUACGCCGCCAGAGACAUCCGGCGGAGCUUCUCGGUCUGCGUACAAUGCCAGUUUCGGUCCCAGCCAACGCUCUAUUUGUCUCUUGAGAAGGAUAAAUCGAAAGAUGAACCCGUUGCGCAGCAGCCGAAUGACAUGGAUCCGGUGACGACGUCCCCGCAUGAGACACCCAAGGCACAGCCAGAGGCGGAGGGCGAGCAUCCUUCAUCUGCUCCAGCAGAGCAGGAGACAGUGUCUAGACUAGAGGAGGAAUUCAAAAAUGAACCAGCUUCAGAAACAACAGAGAAGCGGGGCUUACCGUCGUACCUGGAGGAGCGACGGUCAAAAUACUCAAAGCAAUUCACUGAGAUGAUGGAUAACCUGCAAUCCAACGUCUUCGUGGCAGGCCAACGAUUGAACGACUUGACCGGGUACUCUUCCAUUGAGGCACUAAAGAAGGAUAUUCAAGUACAAGAGGAGCGACUCCGAACAGCGCGCCUUCGCGUCCGAGAAGCAAAAGAUUCCUACGCGGCAGCAAUCAAUCGACGAUCCGCUUCACAGCGCGAAGUGAACGAGCUCCUGCAGCGGAAACACGCCUGGUCCCCCGCCGACCUGGAGAGAUUCACCCACCUCUACCGAAACGAUCACACCAAUGAAGUGGCCGAGAUGGAAACACAAGAGGCACUGUCAGCAGCGGAACGGGAAUCGGAAGAGGCAGCGGCGCAGUUGAGCAAAAGCAUUCUCUCCCGCUACCACGAGGAACAAGUGUGGUCGGACAAGAUCCGCCGCAUGAGUACCUGGGGUACCUGGGGACUCAUGGGCGUCAACGUUUUGCUGUUCCUGAUCUUCCAGAUCGCCGUGGAGCCAUGGCGCCGGAAGCGGCUCGUGAAGGGCUUCGAGGAGAAGGUCAUCGAGGCGAUCGAGAAGGAGAAGACCCUGAACCAUAUCGAGAUCCUUCACCCCCAGAACACCCUCUCGUCGACAUCGCCUGCUUCCCAGGAGGAAGCCGCCGAGACAUCCAUUCUGACCACAUCUGAACCCCCAGCCGCCGCAGACGAAACCGCCACCACUACCACAGCCACUACCACAGCCACAACCACCAGCGAAAUCUCGGCCUCAGAACCUGAGACCACACCUGCUGCUGCCCCCAAGGCUGACGAGCCAGCGCCCGUCUUGACCCUGGAAGCGACAGAAGAGCCCGCCCACAAGAACGCGGUGACCGGGCUCCUGGAUUCUUGCAAAUCCCAGCUCGCCCGCAUCCCCCCUCCCCCCAGCGCAGUCGAGUCAUGGCGACAGACUUUCCACGACUUAUUCAGCGACCGCAGCAUCUCCAUCACGCAGCGGGACCUGACCUCUGUUGCUCUGCAGAGCGCUGCUGCCGGAGCAGCGAUCAUGGGUCUGGUGAUUGCUCUGAUCCGUCCUCGGUGA